UAAAAGUGAGGUUAAUUGAUGAAUCAAAAUAUUUGAAGUGAAUCACCCCUUGCACAAGAUUUAGUCAUAUUAAUUUAUUUCGGUGAAGAUUUUUUGUGUUGAAUCAAAUUUAAAAGGAAAACAUUGCAGUAACCGAUAAAACAUUAAAACUCUGGUCGACUCGCAAAGAAAAAGACAAUGGCAGCACCACCGGCAGGGCUACCUUCUCGAGAGUUUCUUAUGGAUAUAUUUCAGCGGGUUGACAAGGACAGAAGUGGGACAAUAACCGCAAAUGAACUGCAGGUGGCACUGUCCAAUGGAACCUGGAAACCAUUUAAUCCGGAAACAAUUAGACUAAUGAUAGCUAUGUUUGACAAGCAAAACACAGGGAAAAUAAACUUUGAGGAUUUCGGGCAUUUGUGGAAGUACGUCACAGACUGGCAAAACUGUUUUCGAUCAUUUGACAGAGAUCAAAGCGGCAAUAUUGACAAGAAUGAAUUCACCACAGCCCUCACAACUUUUGGUUACAGGCUAUCAGAGGGCACUAUUGAUAUUUUGAUGAAAAAAUUUGAUCAUUAUGGGAAAGGCACAAUUUUAUUCGAUGACUUCAUUCAAGCUUGUGUAAUGCUGCUGAACCUAACAAAUGCCUUCAGACAACUUGACACGGAUCAAGAUGGAACGAUAACAAUUCAUUAUGACCAGUUUCUCAACAUUGUUUUCAGCACCAAAGUGUGAUUAUGCCUCUGACCAUGAGAAUGUGUGUUCUCUCCAACUUAACAUGAAUGCUAACGGACAAGCCGUAAAAUUUCUUUAAACUAUGCUUUGAAGCUUCAACUUUACAAUAGACAUUCCAAUAUUUACAUCAGACAACCCUGUAAAACUGUAAUUAAAAUUGACUGAAAAGGGUCCGACAGGUAGUUGUGGCAGUUAAGCCAUUUUCUUUAAGCAAGUUAAAAAUUUGCAGCACUGUAUUAUCAUGUUUAUGGCUCAAAUGAAAAAUCGUCAAUCAAGUCUUCACACCUGUUAUACAGUAUGGUGAUCGACAAAAGAAUUCCUCCUGCCUCUCUUUAAGACAAUCACAUUCUCCAGAUGGAAAUGUGUACAUUUUUGUAUUAGUUUAAUUUUGCAAUUUGCAUGAAAAAACAGGUAUUUACUUUCUUUUACCUCCACACUGCUUACGUAUGAAGGAAGGAAAAAGCUAGGUACAAAAAAUAGUGGGAGGAACUUGAGAUCUUAUCUUCCAACUAUUUAAAAGUCCAUUACAAAAGAGUGUUAUUUUGAAAAGGUUUUCUGAGCCAAUUAUUUGGUUGGCGUUAGAGUACAAAUUGACUGGUGUGGACCAAUAGCCUUUUGCUGGGUCUCAAUUUUGCAACUACAAUUAAACAGAAUAAUGCUGAUCUUAAUAGAAUAUUAAAUUGGUUGAU